AUGUUUGUCAAAUUGAACUUAGUUGGAAACAAGGCCAAUAUAACGGAUCACCCAGUGAGGGAUCAGUUUUUUUUCCUUUCUCCUUCUUCCCCACUCCCUCUCUUUCUUCCGAGGAGAAGCCAGAUUUUUAUUGCUGGUAAUAAUUUUUAUCUAUCUAUCUAUCUAUCUAUCUAUCUAUCUAUCUAUCUAUCUAUCUAUCUAUCUAUUUCGUUUUCUUCUUCUUCGUCUUUUCAUUUUCGUUUUCUUCUGUUUCGUUUUCUUCUGUUUCGUUUUCUUCUGUUUCGUUUUGUUCCUUGUUCUGUUUCUGUUUUCUUCUGUUUCGUUUUCUUCUUCGUUUUUGUUCUUUCUUCUGUUUCGUUUUCUUCUGUUUCGUUUUCUUCUUCGUUUUGUUCUUUCUUCUUUCGUUUUCUUCUGUUUCGUUUUCUUCUUCGUUUUGUUUUUCUUCUGUUUCGUUUUUUCUGUUUCAUUUCCUUCGUUUUGUUCUUUCUUCUGUUUCGUUUUCUUCUGUUUCGUUUUCUUCUUCGUUUUGUUCUUUCUUCUGUUUCGUUUUCUUCUGUUUCGUUUUCUUCUGUUUCGUUUUCUUCUUCGUUUUGUUCUUUCUUCUGUUUCGUUUUCUUCUGUUUCGUUUUCUUCUUCGUUUUGUUCUUUCUUCUGUUUCGUUUUCUUCUGUUUCGUUUUCUUCUUCGUUUUGUUCUUUCUUCUGUUUCGUUUUCUUCUGUUUCGUUUUCUUCUUCGUUUUGUUUUUCUUCUGUUUUCGUUUUCUUCUGUUUCGUUUUCUUCUGUUUCGUUUUUCUUCUUCGUUUUUUCUUUCUUCUGUUUCGUUUUUUUUCUUUUUCUUUUUUCUGUUUCUUCUUCUGUUUCCUUUUCUUCUGUUUCGUUUUUCUUCUGUUUCUUCUUUUUCUUCGUUUUCUUUCUUUCUUCUGUUUCGUUUUUUCUUCUGUUUCGUUUUCUUCUUUUCGUUUUUUUCUUCUUUCUUCUGUUUGUUACUUUGAUUUCUUCUUAAACGUUUUUUUUUUUUCUUCUGUUUCGUUUGUUUUCUUCUUCGUUUUGUUCUUUCUUCUGUUUCGCACAUUUUUCUUCUGUUUCGUUUUUUUUCUUUUUUUAUAUUUCUUUCUUAGGUUUUUUCUUCUGUUUGAUUUCUUGCCUUCUUCGUCCUUUGAGUGUUUCUUUGUCUCUUUUACCUCCUGUUUCGUUUUUUUCUUCGAAUUUUUUUCUUUCUUCUGUUUCAUAUUUUCUUCUGUUUCAAAAUUUUCUUCUUCAUUUUUAUUUUAUUUCUUAUAUUCUGUUUUUUUUCUUCUGAAAAAUUUUCUUCUUCGUUUUUUCUUCUGUUUCGUUUCUUGUUUUUCUUUUUGUUUCUAUUUAAGGCAUUCUUUUUUUCAUUUUACUUCUUCGUUUUGUUCUUUCUUCUGUUUUUUCUUUAAUUUCAAUAUUUUCUGGUUCGUUUUGUUUGUUCUUCUGUUUGUGUUUUCUUCUGUUUCAGGUUUUCUUCUUCUGGGUUUGUUCUUUCUUCUGUUUCGUUUUCUUCGUGUUUCGUUUUCUUCAGAUCGUUUUCUUCUUUUUUGUUCUUGCCGGAUUCUGUUUCGUUUUCUUCUUCGAUUUUCUUCUUUUCUUCUGUUUCGUUUUCCUUCAUUUUGUUUUCUUCAAUCUUAUUUUCUUCUUUCUUUGUUUUAUUUUUUCUUCUUUCUUCUUUUUCGUUUUCAGUUUCGAUUUGUUCUUUCUUCUGUUUCGUUUUCUUCUUGCAAUAUUUCUUCUUUCCGUGGAGGAGAUGUUUUCUCUUUCUUCUGUUUCGUUUUCUUCGCCUUCUGUUUCGUUUUCUUCUUCUUUUCUUCUUCUUACUAUUAUUAUUAUUAUUAUUAUGAUUAG